AUGGCUUCUUCAAGGAAAUGGGCAUGGAUCAUAUCUUCUGUUGCUUCUUGCAUAUAUUUCCAUGUCAUUAUCUUUCAAAUUCCACUUUUCAGAGUGCCUUGUAUAAGCGGUUUAUGUAGAACACCCAUACAAGUGACAUGCUCACAAUUGAUUGCGAGUGAAGUGUUUCCUACAGUUGUGGUGAAGGCUCUCCUGUAUCCAGGGGCCAUUGCAAAUGCUUUGUUUAAGAAUAGAAGCAUCCCAAACUACAACAACUUGCUCAACUUAUAUCACUUCACCAAUCUGACGACACCUCCUGCUGCAACAUCUGAUCUUCAGCGCAUAGAGGUUAGUACGUUGUAUAUUCAAACAUUUUCCUCGAGAGUAGAUUUAAACUCUUCAUUUCGACAACCACCAUCGGAAUCGCCGGAUUUUGGCGGACUAGAUUCUGGCCAGUUACUAGUACAGCCGGAAUUUGGAGACGACGGCCGGACGUCGCCGGAUUCGGUUUUACGCUGGUGUUACUUAUCCAUUGCUGGAGCAAUUUUGGGUGUGAUAAAAAGAAGCAGAAUGAGCCUCAUUGCAACACUGCUUAUCCUAUGGGGCCUUGUGAAGGAAGCCACUACUAGAAAAUCUAGUGACACAAAUCCAAUGAAACCCAUUGAUAUUUACCCAACAAUGUCAGUAGCUCUCCUUUCUGCCUUCUUAUCCAUAAGAAGGGAUGUUAGAAAGCUAGUUCGAAGCUACAUAGGUAAGAGAAACACAAAACAUUCAUGGACUCAUUUGGAAGCAAAACCUUUGUGA